AUGUGCACACCACAAACAGCCUCCGGCCGCAUCCGGCUGAACGUCGGCGGGCAGGUGUUCGAGACGACGGCCGACACUCUCAGAGGCGCAGGCGAGGGAACCAUGCUCGCCGCCAUGUUGGAACCCUGCUGGAACGCCGGCGCCACCGGGGGCGUGCCCGAGUACUUCAUCGACCGCGACCCGGCCUGCUUUGCCUCGCUCCUCAACAUGCUCCGCACGGGCGAGCUGCAUGUCCCGGCCGGCGUCCCGGAGCGGAUGCUCUUCCAGGAGGCGUCCUACUACGGCCUCCUCGACCGUGUCCGCGCCACUCGCAUCGGUGAGCUCGACCUCAGCAGGACCCGGCUGGCGGCAUCCGUGCCGCCGGGGCGGGCGCCGGUGGACCGCCCGGCCGUCCGCGCAGCGCCAGACGGAGGGUGCUGCGUCACGCAUGGCCCCAUCGUGCGGGUCUACAACUGGAUGCUCGAGGAGCGUCAGCCAGUCUGCCUCACGCCUGUUGAGCCGGUCCGCGAUGCUGUCUACCUCAGCGACACCACGCUCCUCGUUGGGGGACGUGGCAUGGCAGCAUUCUCCGUGCUCACCGGCGAUCUGAGUCACCACUUCCGCAUAGCGCACGAGGGCAAGAAGACAGCUCGGCUUUUUAACGCGAGGGCGCUGGCCUUUGACCAGCAAACAAACGUCUUUGCUAGCUGCAACAACUCGGGCAUAACUCCAGAAAUUGGCUACGGCAUCGGUGUUUGGGACUGCAUCACCGGCGAACAAACAAGCUAUUUCUUUGACCGGAAGUACGUCUACGCUCUGACCGACGCCAGCAAGCUUCAGUGGUUGGCAAGCACCAACGCUCUCAUGGCGGUCAAGGCAUGCUCACCGAAAGAUGCUUUUUCACCGUCUUCCAUCACUCUGGUGGAUUUCCGGGAUAUGAGUGUUGUGUGGUCAUGGUCCGUCGGCAGCCGGAGAUUGGAUGAAAAGCAUGUUGCCGAUGCCGUCGUGAUGGAGGACGAGAGGUCGGUCCGCUUGAUCAGCCAGAACCAUGAUCUCGGGUUCCUCGACAUCCGUUCUCGGGGCUCUUUCCAGCAGCCGUGGACAUAUCAGAGCAAGGCGACGACUCCGAUAUGCUAUCCGAAGCUCGCCGUGCAUGGUGGGCUGCUCUUAGCGUCCAAGGAUGACACCAUCUCGGUAUAUGGCGGCCCAAAUCAUGACCACCUGAGGCUGGCGCUGCGUGGGAGCCAAGGCGGUGGCGCCAUUGCCGACUUCUCGGUUGGGGGCGACCGUCUCUUCGCGGUGCAUCAUGAGGACAACGUGCUGGAUGUGUGGGAGACACUGCCACCUCCCAUCGCCUAA